UUCUUGCAAUCAAUCCCAUAUUCGUGAUUGCAGUGCAGUAUUAGAUUGCUCUUGAAAACGCGUUUAAUGCGGAGCAUUCCUGAGGAGAAAGUUUCGUAAUUUAAAAUAUUUUCUAGAAAUUUUGUAACCUUCCUUAUCUCACCUUCUUUUGAACCAUUUAAAUUCUUGUGUGCGGUCAAAGAACCAUGCGUUGUUCAAACUAAAACCCAUUAAAUAAGGUUAACCCUAGCCUUCAUUUCCGAUAUCGCAACAAAGAGAGUGCACUUCUAUGAUCCCACGUUCAUUCCUACCCCGCGUCGUCUAGUGGUAGUUUUGCAAAGUGCUUUUACCUGUUCGCAGUGUGUGAAAAGCUAUAAAAACAGGUUCAAAAAAUGCUUGGGAAUUAUGCUAAAGUGAAAAUAAUGUUCUUGAAGGAGAUUAAGUGAAACCCUAAUUAGAGAUUUGGCAAAAAGAUAUCCCAUUGGAAUUUAAAUUGUUUCCGUGAACUACCGAAAAAGAGACUACGAGAAAUGAGAACGGAAGGGAUGACCUAUAUAUAACCUGCCAUCAAAAAAGAACUGCAUUUACGGAUGAGGAUUCAGUGUGUUGCGUUGUAUUUUACAGAAAGGAUGUUGAGCGUAAUUUUAAUAGUUAGUUUAGUAGCCUCAACACAGGCAGUUCCUCACCCGAAAAGCGAUGAACCCAAGAUUCUUAAUAAUUUGCCUAUAGAGAACGCUCAAGAUAAAACGACUUCAGUUAUUUCGCUUCCACACAAUGAUGACAUAUCAAUAAAAGAUAAUCAGUUCGCAUCAUCCCAGAUUUUAGAGAACCCUGCAUACGAUCCAUCCCUGUACCAAUCAUUCAUACCUCAAGAUGCUGUUCAACAAUACGUUAACCAAUUCGGCAGCCCAUAUGGAUCAUAUCCUUCAGUAUAUCAAAACCCGGGGUUCGCUGUUCAAACAGGGUACGAAGGAUAUUUAGUGCCUACGAUCCCGCAGCCAGAAGAAUCUACAUCUCUAACCAGCAUAGGUUUUUCAUUGCUACAAGGAUUCCUCUCUCGUUCAAUAAUUGGGUGGUUGACUAGGGCAGCAUCCUAUUUAGUUUCUGCAUUAGGAGUUGUUGUGUUUGGAGGAGCACUCACAACUGCCAUCUGCACAUUUACUCCAGUUUGUUCUAUUACCUUCGCAGCCCUGCCUUUCCUUCGACUCAAAGAAACUGCCAAGGAUAUUACAAAAACUCUAGGGGCUGAAAUAACAGCUGAUAGAGUGAGGCGGACAGCUGAACUUGUAAAGGAAGCUAUUGAAAAAUAUAGUGAAAUGCAAAAGGAGUUUGGAGCAAUAGAGGAAUCAAGCGUGCAGAAAAUUGAAAAAGAAAUAGUGGAAAAGCAUGAAUAGUCCUGGAUAUGUCAGUGAAGUUGUAUUAGUAAGUUUAAGUAAAUGAUAAGCUAGAGUUCAAUG